AUGUCAGCUUCUUCUUCUCCUUCGGCCGUGCGAUCCCCUCUCUUCACGCUUGAGGAUGCGAAGAUCGCUUUCAACAUUUUUUGCUGUAUCUGCGGAAUCGGCUCACUCGGCAUGCCGUCCAACUACGCUCGCGCCGGCUGGGGUUACGCGACCGUCGCGUUAUUAUUCAUGGCGGUAUCGAACAUCUACGCCACCGUGCUGCUGUCAAAGGUGCUGAUGGUAGCCCCAUCUUCUGUGAAGACUUACGGUGACCUCGGCGAGUGGGUCGCCGGCAAGUGGGGCCGUUUUUUUGUGGUAGUCUCCCACAUGGGCGUUUGCCUUCUUGCUCCCUGCGCAUUCCUCGUACUUGGUGGUACGCUGUCGACGUGCUCUGUCCCGAUUCGGUCAGACAAACCGUGUGGGAUCAUCUUCAUGGCUGCAAUGGUCAUCACUGUGGCGUUGAUCCCCACUCUGAAAGAGAGUGCCUGCAUAGGGGCUGCACCACGAUUCGUAACCCUGUCUCUCGCGUACGCCGCUGCUAUUGUGAUCCCCGACCUCCAGCGACAGCAUUCACAGCCCGAGCGCAUGCCUCGUGUCAUUGUCGUCAGCCUGGGUCUUGCCUCGGCCUUCUUUCUCGCCAUCGCUAUUAUCGGCUACGUUGCUGGUGGGUGCCAGCUCUCCGGUAAUCUGCUCUUUUCGAUCGUGAACACGUCCGACCCCUACAGCACCACCACUCUGGGUUUUACGGCGAACCGGGGAGCAGUGGUCAUGUCCUACUUAUUCAUGCAGCUUCAUCUGUCGAUCGCCUUCUCGACAAUUCUACACCCGGCGUUUUACAUGGCGGAGCGUCUCGUGUUGGGGAUGCACAAGGAUGACACGCUUCCUACUGACAGCGAGGAGCGUGAGAUUGAGAUUGAGGAGAAGAUGUCGUACCUCGAUGACCUCUCUGAGUACAAGGGCAGCGUGAAUGUGGUUCGUUACGUCCUGGUGCGUAUCGCUUUGAUAGCGAUUCUAGCUGUGGCCUCUAUCCUGCUGAAGGACCAUUUCCUCGACUUGGUGGACUUUACUGGUGCCACUGCCAUCACUGUGUGCAGUUUGAUCCUGCCGCUUAUUUUCUACGCUAAGGUGUUUUGGAGGAAGAUUCCGAUGGGGGAGAAGGCAAUUUGCAUCACGAUCUCCACAAUCUGUGGAAUCGUCGGUUGCUAUGUGAUGAUCUACGCAGGAAAAAAACUAUUCAAUCCGGAUGACGAUGGAGCCACGUUCCCGUACUGUUCAACUGAGUACCAGGACGAACCGUACUAUAUAAGGAAUAGUACUGUAUCGAACUGA